CCACGUGGGAUGAUCAGUUGUUUGCCACCUGACACAUAGAUUGUCCAUCGGAGCGAGUUCCCCCUCUAUGUGCCCGAUCGGGAGAAUCAAUCGAGAGCAGUCCAUCGAUCGAAACCGACCUAUCAAUAGAACAGUCUAUCAAUGAGUCAAUCAAUCUAAUUUGUUAAUCAGUAGAAUCAGUCAUGAUUUGACAGCUGGCGUCUCUGUCAUCUGAUCUGAAUAAGAAGGUGACGACAACAUGGCGGCGGCGGCGGCCAUGCGAGCGGCAAUGACGGCGGAGGGGUGGGGUCUCGGCUGCGUGGGGUCAUCGUCUGCCUCCUCGUCCUGCGCGGCGCGCUUGCGCGCCGAGCUUUUGGCUGCUGCCGCUGCUUCUCCUGGCCCGGCCGCCACGUCGCGCGCACCAAUCUCUGCGCCCUCAUCCUUCUCCUCCUUCUCGUUCCACAUCAGCAUCGGUGCUUCCGCUCGCCAACGGGAUCGCCGUCUGUUAGCGGAUGUCGUCGCGAUCGAGACCGUGCGAGGGCGCCAAUCGGAUGGGGCCACGUGGCACCCUCUCGAGCACGUGGCGGACUUAGCCGGUCGCCGCGCAGCUGCGCUGUGCGGAUCGGGGUCCAGAUCGAGGUCGACGUCGAGAUGCCGCGCGUCGCAGCAGGAGUUACUCUGUCCGGACUGGAAGUCGCGUCUGGCGCGGCAUCUGCAAGGAGAAGACGACACGUGUCAUGUGUUCAGCUUGCGCAGAUUGGCCGGAGGGAUCGGGAGGCGCGGGGAGCUGCAGCGGCGCAGGGUGCGCGCGCUCCCGCGCGCUAUGGCCAAGGUGGGCACGACCGACCUGCGCUCCCCCCCCCCGCGCCGCCGCCGGCGCCGCCCCCAUCAACAGACGACGAACCUCCAUUUGGGAAUGCUUGAGAAAUCGGAGGAGAAGAGAGAUUGGGAGAGCAUGAUGAGAGAGAUCGAGAAGGGGAAGUCGGCGACUAAGGUAUUGCAGGCGCGGCGGGAAAAGCUGUCAAAGGGGAUGCUUGUUGGAGCGCUUAUGAGAUUCAAGCAACUCAGAUAUUGGCAGUUGUUGCCCAGGGACCAGAGUAGAGGACCUACACCAUUUCUGUCCUCCAUUUCUGUUUGCAUUGUGAUCUGUCGCAACAAUUUUGGCAAUGGUGGAGAACUGCUGCUUCGAUUCCCUUCCGAGCUGAGCACUGGACGGAUGAUUUUAUCCUUCGUGGUUCCGCGGCUCCUGGAAUCCGGCCUUCAUCCCCUCUGCGUCGCGCUGAGGAAAUACUUAGGGGGGGCGAUAUUGUGGACGUUGUGGACUCUUCGCAAUUCAGCCGUCAGACGUGCUGAACGACUUACUCCGCUUAAGAUCUGUGAGUGGAUGCUGGCUCAUAGUAAACAGUGGGAGAUCAUCCAGCAGGACUUCAACACGUUGAUAUCUGCAUACGCUAAGCUCGGAAAAUGGAAAGAAGCAGAGGCAGCAUUGAAGAAAAUGAACGCACGUGGGUUGUCUCCUACGGUAGGGACUUAUACGGCACUAAUAGAUGCGUACGGUAGAAGCGGGCAGGCGACAAAGGGGGAGGACGUGCUCCGGUCUAUGGAAGCGGAGGGGCUCUGGCCAACGGCAAUGACGUACCAGACGUUGAUUCAAGGCUAUGGCCGCGUCGGAGAUACGGCGAAUGCUGAAAGAGUCUUUAGGGAGGCACUUGGGGAUGACGAAGUGCAGGCGGAUGGAGACCAGACUGACGCGAAUGCCGAUCGUCUGACGGACGAGGAGCUGUCAAAGCAGCAGCACAAAGAAGGUGAGAGGCCAACUGCUUGGGCGCAACAUGCCAAACAGCCGGUGGACGCACAGUUUUUCAACACAAUGAUCGAUGUUUACACGAAAACGGGAAUGAAGGAAAGCGCACUUUUCUUGUUCAGAGACAUGCAACGCCGGAAGGUAAUGCCGGACAAAGUUACGUAUGACACACUGAUCAACAUGUACGCUAAGGAGGGAGAUCACGUCAAGGCGGAGGAGGUGUUGCGAGAGAUGCAGCAGGCUGGAUUUUCUCCGAACACCGUCACGAUGACGGGGCUGCUGUCUGCAUACGGCAAGUCAGGCCGGGUCGAAGAAGCCUCGGGGGUUUUCAACGAAUUGCUGCAGCUGAAAUUAAGACCGACGGUCCGCACGUGGGGGGCGCUGAUCAAUGCGUGCUGCCAAGCUGGGGAGUGGGAGCAGGCGGAGGAGGUCUAUCGCAAGAUGAAAGCGAGUGGCUGUCAUCCCAAUCUUGUCGUGGUCUCAACGCUCAUCAAAGGGUACAUGAAAUGCGGGGAAAUAAAGAAGGCGGAGGCGUUUGUCGAGAACGUGAAAUCCAUGGGGCUGGAACCGGACGCCAUGCUCUGGACGACGCUGAUCGGCGGGUAUGCUAAGGCUGGAGACGUGAGAAAGGCUCUGUCCUCGUUGAAGUUGAUGGAAGCUGCGGGAUUUCCGGCGGAUGCUGCGACGUACAAUGUUGUUCUUGCAAUGUACGGUGACUGCCAAGAAUACGAGGCAGCGGCCGGAGUGUUUGAGGAGAUGGUAGCAAGGGGUUUCAGACCUGAAGAGGGCGCAAAGCGAUCGCUUCUCCGUGCAUGCAAGGACGAGGAGCAACGACAGGAUGCGAUGCUCCUCCUUCAGGACCACGGCGGUGUUACGUUCCCACAGAUGCCAGCCCAGGAAAAGGAGGAGUUUCUGGGUCGUAUGUGGAACGAAGAUCAGCCAGGUUCGUUGGGACAGGCGGACGGGGGAGAGGGGGGUGCAAGAAGUCAGAGCGAGACUGUGAGUGUAGUAGAAGCCAGUGACACAUGGGUUCUGUUGGCGGAGGAGAGGGAGGAGGAGGAUGGCAGCGGACUGGAAGUACUUUCCUUAUGACCCUGGGCUGAAAAUCGGCCGGAUUCCUGUGAUCUACUUUUCAUUCGUCAUGCUGAAAAUUAGCACACGUUGGUCGUUUUUCAUUCUACUUCUUUUAGUUUCUGAGAGCGCACGGUACAAACCGGCAGGUGCCACUUCGGUUCGGGAAUUCAGAGCCAUUCCCCAUCUUUUUUUCUCUUCGUCAUCCGAUUGCAUUUGGAUUCGAAGUCGGGAUUCGAAGUCGGGAUUCGAAGUCGGGAUUCGAAGUCGGGAUUCGAAGUCGGAUUCGGACUUGGGUCUCUAUUUCAAGAGUUCAUGGGUGUCCCAACUGAGCUAUGCCUGUUGGUGCCAGCCAUUCACCUUCUUGUCCUUAUGUGUUUCAUUUAUUUUUGAGUCGGACCUCGCGAUCUGAACAGGAAAAAUGGACACACUGGCAAGAAGCGGUGAGGAGUCGCUGCUCCCCCUUUUCCAUGUAAAACGAAAAAGGAAUCGUUGUUACCUAUACUAAUGAGAAAC